CGUGAGGGAUGGUCGUGUGAUAUGUAUAUUUAUAAUAUUAAAGUUUUUAUUGCCGCUUUAGGAUCGCGUUUAUGUGCUUUUCACUUUAAAGAGUGCGAAAUUAUAUAGUGUGUGGAUGUGUUGUGAUAUUAUUUGGAGAAUUGUAUAUAGAUAACUUUGGACAUCUUUAAGAAGACUUAUUAGAUAUAUUAAAAUGGAGCUGCGAAUAAUUGGAAUCCUAUAUAUAAUUGUCAUAAUGGCUUUAGCCAAUGAAAUGUCGGCCGUCCAACCCAGGGACAACACUAAACGACGAACAAAAGAAAAGGGAGGAUUUCAAAAGAACAUCUGUGAUAUCACUGAUAGGGACUCAAAAGUUCACUGCUACUGCGAGAACACGAGAGAGCCAAGGAACGCAACAAAGGCCGAAUGCUGGGUAUUCAAUGGAGGUAUUCCCAGGGAUGACCUCAUCUGGCAAAGUUUCGCGUCACAACCAACUUUGCAAACUUUGUCUUUCAACAUCCGCGUUGACGGCGCGUUAGGCUACGUGCCAACCAAAGCUCUCCAGUACUUACAGAAACUUCGAUCCAUAAACAUAAAGUAUGGAAACAUAGUUGACAUCGCCCCCCUCGCAUUUGCAAACCUAACUAACCUGAAAGAAGUAUCGUUGUCUCAGAACCAAAUCGAAACCUUGCAACCGUUUGCAUUUGCGCAUUUACCCAAUAUCACAGUUAUCAAUUUGGAGGAAAACACGAUACUCGAAAUUGGAAAAGAUUCUUUCAUUGAUCUCCCUAAGCUGCAAAAGCUGGUUCUGACGAAAAACAAUAUAACAACGAUUAGCAACGGGGCAUUCCAGCACACGUUCAAUCUCUUGGAAUUGGACCUGAAUAAAAACAGCAUAUUCCAUCUAAACCGUCACACGUUUGAUGGAUUGGCGAACUUGCGGAAAUUGGAUCUGAGGAAGAAUCGUAUUUACAAUUUGACCGAAUUCACGUUCGCCGAAUUGUGGAAUUUACAAGAGUUACUUUUGGGGAAGAAUGAAAUAAAGUAUAUAUCUGCGAGGGCGUUCGACGGUCUGUCCCAGCUGCGGAAGUUGUCCCUUGACGACAAUAAACUGGCCGCUAUACCCCCGGGCUUGUUUGAAGGAGUGCGGGGCCUUAGUUCCCUCGACCUGCGUUCGAAUGAGCUCCACGCGUUAACUUUCGACAAUAUAAAGCCCAUAUUGGAUAAUUUGAAACCUCUAAAUAGCAAUUUGCUUCUUGAAGAGAACAACUUCGUCUGUGACUGCAGGCUGAAAUGGAUGCAUUCAUUACGAAACGAGACAAAAAGUCAAAGCACUAAAGACUCCCUUGAUGGCGUGACCUGCAAAAUGGAUCCACCAAUCGUCAGCUCGGCGUAUAACAAAAUGGACGAUAAAAUUAAUUACAUCCAGGACACGGCGAAACAAAACACGACGGACGAAAUCUCAAAGAAGGGCGUGAAACGGAACGUUUUGAAAAUUCCCACUGAAACAUUACCGUGUCGCAAAGAAACUAUUAAAACAACAGAAAUGCCGUUUAUCGUGGAUCCCGUUAUACCAAUUCAAAAUGAAAUGAAAACUUUCAGAUUUCAUGAAAUGAAUUCAGCCUGUGGAGUUUCGCUCUCAGCUCUGUUGCUAUGGGCCGCGUCUUUUGUUUUCUUUUUUACUUAGAGUGUCUAUUGCAUACUGGAAUAUUACUAAAACUUCAGUAAAAACACCAUAGGAUCGUCAUUAUGUAUGAGGUAUAGACUUUUAGCGUAAUCUUAUGUAAAUAUUUGUCGUGAAACUGUAUAUAAAAAUAUUUAAAUUAACCAGAUUUUGGUUCAACGGAAAUUCAAUUAGCAAUUAAUUAAGUUUAAUUUGGAAGUUAACAUUUUUCAAGUAGGUCAUGAAAACAUAAUUGUACAUAAAAAUAGAAUAUAAAUAAUAUAAUAAUUAUUGUAACGUUUGUCAAUAUUUAUAAGUUAAGUAAAUGUUUUUUCAGACCAUUUUUCAUUGAUAUAUGAAUUACUAUGACUUAAUGUCCUACAGUCUCCAUCGCGUCGAUAGAAGACUAAAAAAAAAGUGUCACUAUCAUUGGUAUUUACGACUUAAAUUACUUAAAAACAUAAAGUACUUUAAAUAGCCUGAAGUGUGUUGAAAUAUUGUAAGAGAUUAUUAUUAAUAUUAUUAUUUUUGCCUUUUAGUAAAGCUAGUGUCAUAAGGGAGCUUAUUAUUAUUAAAUAAGAUCUAAAUAAAUAAAUCUGACUAGAUUUAUUUGAAUCGUCAAACGUAAAAAUUUGAUUUAUACUUUUAAUUAAUUUAUAAAUUACAUAAUUUUAAUAAAUCCCUUAAUGCAUGUACUUGUAAUGAUUUUAAGUCGACUUCAAAAACGUUUUCCUUCCUUCGGAUUAUCGUGCAUUUUAUACAAUAACUGGAGUUCUGUCACCAUGAAACCACAAGUAAAUCACAUUUUAUUUUUUCUUGAGUAAAACUACUUAAAAACACUACGUCACAUUUUUACGUUAAUUAAUAUUAUGUCUGACUUUUUUGUAACUAUCAUCGUUACUUGAAUACUAUAAAUUUUAAGUAGCAAUGACAGUAUUGAAAAAUGUCCUCGAUUGAAGACCCCAUCUAUUCUGGGCUACCUGGAAAGUAUAUAUUGAAACAAAUACCAUACAAACAGACAACAUACAGCUCCAACAAAUUGAUGCCUUCCUUUUUUGAAGUCGGUUAAACGCUACGCUGUUUCAAUUUUAUCUUAAACAAUCGAUGUUACCUUUUUAAAACAUUUCGUACUUAAUGUUUGACUAUGUUGUAUAAAAGAUUUUGACAAAGCGUUUUUUGUAUAAAAUAAAUGUGUACAAUUUUUAA